UUUUAAAUAAUAAAUAAUCGAAUCUAAAAUUAAUAUCUUGAAAAAUUUCGAAAGGAAAUUAUUUUUACAGUUGCAUUACGUGGCAUUCUACACGUGAUCAUCUAUUCCGUUGCGUUUUGCCCGAACAAAAAUCACCAUUGUUAUCCUCUUUCAUUAAUUCAUGUUCCAACUUCCAAGAAGAAGAAGAUUAGAAGAAGGAGCUUGUAGUUAUAAUUAUCACAAAUCAAUUACAGAACACGAAGAAGUGUGAAGGUACGCACGCAUGGAAUUGUGGAACAAAGCUAGAAGCUUUGCAGAAGAAGCAGCGAAACGAUCACAAGACCUAUCCUUGGGUGCUCACAAAUUCAGCGAAAUCAUAGCAGAAACCACUAAGGAGAUCGCAGGGCAAGCUUCCAAACACUUUUCUGAACCUGAUGUCGAUCUCGAUCUCAAUCUCAAUCUCGAGAGUUUCGGCAUAACCGACGAAUUGAGAGAGUUCGUUAAAGGAAUCACCGUCACUACCUUCCGAGAUUUCCCUCUUCAAGAUGAUACGGAAUUGUCUGAUGUUCCUGCAGUUUCAAAUAUUAGGCAGGAUCUAACUGACUGGCAGGAGAAACAUGCCAAUCUUGUUCUUUCUACUGUCGAGGAGAUUUCAAAAUUGAGAUAUGAGCUGUGUCCACGUGUCAUGAAAGAGAGGAAGUUUUGGAGAAUAUAUUUUAUAAUUGUCAAUAAACAUAUUGCACCCUAUGAAAACCGCUACAUGGAAGAUGCUAAACUAAAAUCAUCCGAGCAAUUUAAAGAUUACACGAUGAUGGAACCAUUAGAAAUUGAACUGACCUCUAAUCAAAAGGUUAAGGAAGUGAAAAAAGAGACCAAAGCAUCAAAUUCAUCACCUCAGCAAGACUUGGAUAUAUUUCUUCUGGGAGAUACAGGAGACAGUGAUGAUGACCCAGAUGACGGUGAUGGCGGUUUUGAUGAUGAUUUGGACAAACUGGUAGAAAGUUCGGAUGAUGAUAAAGAGAAAUCAUAGAUGUUGCUUGAAAUGAUUGGGUGGCAUUAUGGAAGUGGUUGCAACAUGCCUGAGAAUAUUAUUCAUGAUGGAAAUGAGGCUUAAUUUGUUAUUAUUGUGACAUAAACGGCGGCUGAGCUGUUCCAGUUGCCUAAAUUUAUUGUUUCAACCAUUGUUUUCCCCUUUAUUUCACGUGUUAGUAUUUUCUCACUUGAGGGAUGAAGAUUAGGUUUGUGUUAUAGAAACUUAAUUUAUUUGGUGAAUAAUUUUGUUAAGUUGUUGAAUACA